AUUGAGUCUAAACUACAAUCUAAAGUAACUGAAGUUAAGCAACAAUUUAAUAAGUGCUUAUUUUAUUGUAUACGUACCGAUUAGCACUCAUGGUUUCCAGUCAAGUCUAAUUGUAGACAAUUCGAGAUCAAGUUUUAGCUGUAAAGUGAAAUAACUUUUUACCAAUGGUGUUAUUUUUCCAUAAAACUCAAAUCAGUAGGUGUACAUAACCUAUUUAAAUUCAAACUAAAAGUGUUGUUGGCACAACAAUAACCCAACGCAAAGUGAUCCGAACUUUUUAAGAAUGGCUAAAGCUGCAGUGGUCAUAGAUCUCGACUCUGACGAUGAUCAGAGCGAGAAAGGCAAGAAAAAGCCUUGCAAUACCAAUUGUAUUAAUUUUAAAUGCUCUUCUGGAGUUGACAUGAGGCCUACCACCUCCUUUGCUUGUUCAUUUUAUGGAGUAAACAUGCAGAAAAAAAAGAAACGAUUCAUAUGCAAAGCUUGUUUAGAUGCUGCUUUGGAUCAUCAAGAGCAACUUGUCGAUGCACUGAUUGGCCACAAACCGCUACUCCAGUGUGAUUUUCCAGACCAUACGAUGGAAGUCGAAAUUUCUGACAGUGAUGAAUCUGACAGUGAGACCAAGGAUGGAAAAGAUAUGUUUCUAAUAGAGGGAAAUGCCCUUGUUGAAUUUGAAAAAAAAGUUGAUUCAACAUUGACCACUAUAUUUGAAAAGUAUGACAUUAACUUUCAACUCGAAGAAGCUAAUACAGCCUUGAAAACUGAGUGGAAUCUCAUUGAUGCAACCGAAGCUAAGCUAAACGAUUCUAUAUCAAAAACGAUGAAACGGUUGGAUUUAAUACGUUCAACAUUUUAUAAUGAAUUCAAACCAAGUAUCAAGAUGUUAGAAGAGUUAAAAAUAGAGGAUGAAAUUCCGAGUUUUCCAAUGAUAGCAACUAAAAAAGUUACACAAAUUUGCCCACCACCAAGGCCUCAAAUCCAGCUUCACCCUCAGCCUCCUCAGCGUCAGCGUCAACCUCAUCCUACCCCUGGUCCUCAACCUAAACCCAAGCCUCAAUCACAGCCUCUAACUCCACCUUCAAUAACGAUUCAAGCUCAAACAAAAGCUCAAACACCAGUUCAAUCACAAACUCAAAUACAAAUUAAACCACAAGCGCCAAUUCAAAUACAAACCCAGCAAGACAACCAGCCCGAAAUUUUACAAGAAGUUGGAGGAGGCGUAGCUCGCUCAUCGGAUUUACCACCAGCUGGUCAACUGAUUAGGCCAGUACCUAAAAUCGAUGACUUUGUAUUCAUAAUGAAACAUCCUCUGUUCCCUUGGAUCAAAGCAAAGAUUCAAUCCAUUGUUUCUAAGAGUCCAAUGAAUUACUCCGUUAAACUGUUGCAAAAGAAAUACGCUGGCAAAGUAAAGACCCUACCUGGAAAGCAACUAGCAUCGAGUACACCCAGCGAAGUCAUUAUUCCUGUGGGUACUCGAGUGGUUGCUAUCUUCCAGGACACUUACUGUAGCAAUUACUACAGUGGAGUAAUUGCUGAACCCCCCAAAUCCACAAACAAAUACAGAUACCUAGUUUUCUUUGACGAUGGAUAUGCACAGUAUGUCAAACACAAGCACAUAUUUCUCGUCUGCGAAAGUUCCGCACGCGUCUGGGAGGACAUACCCCCAGAAUCUCGUGAUUUCGUCAAAAAGUACCUAGAAUCGUAUCCAGAACGACCUAUGGUGAAACUGCAACGCGGUCAGGUCGUUAAAACAGAGUGGAACGGAAAAUGGUGGAUAGCGCGUGUUCGAGAAGUCGAUGCUAGCUUGGUACAAAUGCACUUUGACGCCGACAACAGAACUGAAUGGAUUUAUCGUGGCUCCGCGAGACUAGGACCGCUUUACGUCGAGUUGAUGAAAGCCAAUCUCAGACAACAAGGCUGUCACUCGUCCAUUAACACGCCCAGUCGCCAUCGUGGAGGACUAUUUAUGAGCAAAAAUGGUCCGUAUGUGGAGUACACGUCUAAUACGACGGACGAACAAGACGCGAAUAAGGAAAAGCAAUCGACUCCUAGCAAUAUUCAAGAGGUCUCGACUACUCCUCAGCAGAGCAGAGCUGUUGCCAAAAAAAGCACAGCAAAAAAGACAAUGGCACCCGAGACUUCAACGGCCAAUUACAAUCCCGUGGAAACAAAAUCUUCUCACAGUAUCGUUUACUACCAAACGCAAAAUAAGAUCCAGACUAAGAAGUUUGUGCCCCACAGAUGUGGGCCCAAGUGUGUCGAAAGUAUCUCAUUCACGCCUGACGAGUUGCGUGGCUACUCACCUCUGUCUAUUCCCCUCUUGUGUGGCUGGAAUCGACAGUUUUGCAGAUUUCCGAAAGGAAAAAAAAUUAUUUUCUAUCAAGCCCCAUGUGGUGUUCGUCUGCGUAACAUGGAGGAGCUUCACAAGUACCUGAGAAAAACCAACUGCCCAAUGUCCGUCGAUCUGUUUGAAUUUGACUUCUGGGUGCAUUGCCUUGCUGAAUUUGUUCUUGACAAAUGUUUUGUUAAUAUCAAGGAUCUGAGUUAUGGCGUAGAAAGUGUUGCGAUCCCAUGUGUUAAUGAAAUAGAUCACGCCUAUCCCGACACAAUCAAGUACACAACGCAACGCGAGCCUACGGAUGAUGUCCACAUCAAUCUUGACCCGGAUUUCCUCUGCAGCUGCGACUGCGAAGACGAUUGUGCCGACAAGAACAAGUGCCAGUGCUGGCAAUUAACCAUACAAGGAGCGACCCUCGGUGGCCGUGUGCCCAACGCCGCUGUCGGCUACGUUUACAAACGCCUACCCGAGGCUGUUACUACUGGUAUCUAUGAGUGCAACUCUAGAUGCAAGUGUUCAGUGAAAACGUGCCUAAACCGAGUAGUCCAACAUCCGUUGAACUUGAAACUACAAGUAUUCAAAACAGCCCCACGUGGCUGGGGCAUCAGAUGUCUCAACGAUAUUCCCUUGGGCUCUUUCAUCUGUAUCUACGCGGGUCGUCUGUUGACGGAACAGGGAGCUAACGAAGGCGGUAAAAACUACGGCGAUGAGUAUCUAGCUGAGCUGGAUUACGUGGAGGUGGUCGAGGGUAUCAAAGAAGGCUACGAGAGCGACGUUCUCGACCCUGAACUGCCACUUGGCGGCGAUCCCGACUCCGAUCCAAAGUACAAGGAAAAAGGAAAACACGAUGAUACAGAAUCACACAAGACUGGCUCGAACGACUCGGACGAUGAGUACAAAAUUGACAAGAAGUUGCAGAAGACUCUGAACAUUGAUGAGGAUUCGAACGAUGGUUCGAUCAGAAGUCGAUUGAGAAAGAGGAAGAAGGACGAUAGUAAUCAAGGAUUAGAAGAUAAGGGGUCAGAAGACGGACAGUCGUUAAAAGAUGGUCAGGAUAAAGCGGGUAGCGACGAAGAUGACAACAACAUGCGCGAGCCAAGUAAGCUAGAUCUCGCUGUUGAUACCAGAAAAAUCGAAAAAGGAACCUUCAAAUCCGUUCGAGAAUUCUUUGGCGAAGAGGAGUCUGUGUAUAUUAUGGAUGCAAAGACUACUGGAAAUAUUGGACGCUAUCUGAAUCACUCUUGUGACCCUAACGUAUUUGUACAGAACGUGUUUGUGGACACGCAUGACGUCCGAUUUCCCUGGGUGGCUUUUUUCGCGUUGAGCUACAUCAGGGCCGGGCAAGAAUUGACGUGGAAUUAUAGUUACGAUGUCGGCAGCAUUCCUGGCAAAGUUAUUCCAUGUAAAUGCGGAGCAAGUAACUGCAGAGGACGAUUACUGUAAACAAUGGAUUCUCAACUCUGAGCUUUCACGAAAUUUUUCUCCACUGAUCAUGCGUAAACAGAGUUUGUAAAUAAGUGCUUAAGAACAAUGAGGAAUGAUAUAAUUAAUAAAAAAAAAUUUUGUUUAAAAAAAUUUAGCAAAUGAUGCUUUAUUCGUAC